AUGGCAUACUAUACCAGAGGAGCUCUUAGAAGCUCCAGCACAUUUUCGUGUGCUCCUGCUAUACGAAGGUUUCAAACACAAACGUUUUUGAGCCAAUUAAAAGAGUCGGAAAAAGUUGAUGCUCCCAGUAAAAUAGCCCAAGAAUCGUCGCUUCCCACCAUCGAACAAGAUCUUAAAAUCAAUCCCAGACAACCCAAAAAGAAGUCCCAGUUCUUGUCGUCCCACGAGAUUGAGGCUGACCCGAACUACAAGAUGGCUGGAUGGAAACAGUACAUUGGACAGUCGCUCGUCAGAAUGUUCAACAUCGACAUGGAUAGGUCUCGAGCUGGUCCAGUGGCGGGAUCUGUAUAUUUUGGAGAGUGCAAGCGCCAGGGAAUGGUUUAUCCAAACGAGGAGCUUUCUGUGACGGCCAAAUACUACUAUGAGACCUUAGGACUUCCCAGGUCGUUUUCUCAGUGGUUCCAAAUCACCGCUUUACACUAUUGGAUUUUGUCGGUUCGUAUGAGAGCAAUGCCGUUCAAGUAUGGAAGGAACUACCAGCAAAAGUUGGUGGACCGGAUCUUUAGCGAUCUCGAGUUGAGAAUGGCAGAAGAAUUGGGAAUUUCUUCCAAUCGUAUUAUUGAAGGUUAUUUGAAGGAUUAUCAUACCCAGCUUCUUGGAGCGGUGGUUUCUUACGACGAGGGACUUAUGACCGACGAUAUUACUUUGGCGGCGGCGUUGUGGCGUAACAUCUUUAAUGGUAACCCCAAUGCUGAUAUGAGACAUUUGGAGUCGUUGGUGGAAUACGUGCGGGCUCAAUUGUACGUUUUAAACAAGAUGACGGACCGUGAGUUUGGGUUUGGAAAGUUCCGGUUCGUGCCUCCAGAUGAGGUGGUGAAGCCAUUGACCAAGGCGCAAGAGGAACAACUUAGGGAAAGGGCCAAGGAGGAAUUUUCCAACCUCAAGUUGCCGUCACAAAGAAGUGUAUUGUCGCUCGACGAAUAA